CUGGCGCGCGGUGCCUCUUCUCGCACGAGCUCGCAACAGUUAGCAAUCGCACCGAGCGCUGUCGCCCGACCCAACUUCCGAAUAGUCGCGCUCACUCGCGACUUUCGUGUCAUAUUUAAAAAUCGCCGCGAAACGUUACUUAACAACUAUUCGUCUUCAAACUUUACCUCUUCACUGUCAACUUCUUCUCACCGAGCGCGAUACAUUAAGAAAUUCGGAAUAAAUAUAAAACUGGAGUUAAUUUAUUGAAGACAUUGUAAUGGGGUAUUCACGUGGUCUUACCUUCAGGAGGAGAGACAGUGAACAGUUACAUUGAAAGGUGAAUAACGACAGGGGCUUGACAUAGCAUGUCAUAAGUCACCGAUCGGUGACAAGUGCAGUCAGCGAACGCGUCACUCCGUCAAAGGUACAGAAAAGCGUCGACAUGGGCAAGAAAAACUCCAAACUAAAACAAGACACCAUUGACAGGCUGACAAGUGCCACAUACUUUACGGAGAAGGAGAUACGCCUUUGGCACAAAGGCUUUCUCAAAGACUGUCCGAACGGCCUGCUGACGGAACAGGGCUUCAUUAAGAUCUACAAGCAAUUCUUCCCUCAAGGAGAUCCGAGUAAAUUUGCAUCAUUAGUGUUUCGUGUAUUCGACGAAAACAACGAUGGCUCGAUCGAGUUUGAGGAGUUUAUUCGAGCCCUGUCAGUGACGUCACGGGGCAAUCUCGACGAGAAAUUACACUGGGCAUUUCGUCUCUACGACGUCGACAAUGAUGGUUACAUCACUCGGGACGAAAUGUACAACAUAGUCGACGCAAUCUAUCAAAUGGUGGGUCAAAGCCCUCAGCCGGAAGACGAGAAUACGCCGCAGAAGCGCGUCGAUAAGAUCUUCGACCAGAUGGACAAGAACCACGAUGAUCGGCUAACGCUUGAGGAAUUCCGCGAGGGUAGCAAGGCCGACCCUCGCAUUGUUCAGGCCUUGUCUCUUGGGGGCGAUUAAUCCACGAUUAUCCUCUCACCGGAUUUCACUUUCACAUAGGCAGCUACUCUACUGUCUACUAUCAUUGCUUGUCCUUGUUUUCGCAAUUCUUGAUUUUCUAUCUUCUCUCCUUUAUUUGUGAGAACGUCUUUUUAUUCUUCUAAAGUUAGUAGUGAAUAAGGAAAUGGAAAAUUUAAAUUAAGGUAAUAAAAUUUAUUUAAUUCUUAAGACAAUAUGUUACUCUUAGUCGUAUACGUUUUGUGCUGCUCUCAUACGAUUACUAAAAGAAUAGUGAGUAAAGGUUUGAAAAUCUGAUCGUAGUCAUUGGAUUUUGAAAAAAAAAACAAAGAAUGAAUAAAUACUGGGAGAUCUCAUUGGAAUGUUAAAACAACUGCUAGUGGACAAAUAAAUGGUUGUCACUGUUAACGACUCAAUGAAAAAAAAAAUUAACAGAGUUUGUUCUAGGGUAUGGUCGAGAUAUUCUUGCUAAAUUAUUCUUCAUUUUAUAAUUCAGUGUUUGUAAAUUUGUUCAGAAUUUGCUUUAUUUUCUGCGUUAUGAUUACACAAGAUGCAAAAUCUGAUGCUGCCCUGUGUAUUAUGCUGAACGUAGCUUAAUCUCAUUGCAAUACAGAAUCCGGUCGAGAGAGAGAACAUAGGCUUUAAAGCCGAAAUAAUUGAUGUACACAAUUAUUUUAAACUCUUACUAAUACACUUUUUAACCACAUUUAAUACUUAGAAUAAAAUCGACCAUCAAACAUCAGUACAGGUUACAUUCGAUUAAUAUGCCACAGAACGAACAUAAAUGCCGCCCUUUUGUUAUUUGCCUAAGCUACUUGUAAUCACUUGGCUUAUAUGAUAUGCAAUAUGCGUAUCUUUAUAAUAUGGCUAGACAAAUCACAAAUGGGCGUAAUUCACGAUCGCACAAUAACGUACACAUUACAUACCAUUUAGAUUGUAUUCGCAAAUAACGUUGUUUAUACCAUCACUAUAAUGAAU